CAAAAUGAACCAAGUCAAAGUGCUCGAUGACAACCGUCACUUCUUUUCCAUCACCAUCACCACGUUGGCCCUGCUGAGCUCCGCCCGAGCCUUACCGAGGACAGAUCGUCCCAUCCCUCCCAGCAAACCCUUCAUGUUCAUGUGGAACGCCCCGACUGAGCUGUGCGACAUCCGCUUCGGCAUGCCCCUCGACCUCUCCUACUUCCACUUUAUCAGCAGCACACUGAAGUCAGCAACCAACCAAAGCAUCUCCAUAUUCUACACCGACCGCUUUGGCAUCUUCCCUUACUUGGACGAACGCACCGGCAAGAGGUACAACGAGGGCCUGCCGCAGCUGAUAGACCUGCAGGAGCACCACAAGUUGGCCGAGGACGACAUCGAGUACUACAUCCCUGCCAACCAGCCUGGCUUUGCUGUGCUUGACUUUGAGGAGUGGAGGCCUCAGUGGAUUCGAAACUGGGGCAGCAAAGCCAUUUAUCGACAGGUUUCCAUUGAUGUGGUCCAGCAGAACAAUGUGUCGCUGUCUGAUGAGGAAGCAGGGAAGCAGGCGAAGUUCACAUUCGAACUUGCAGCCAAAAGGUACUUUAUUCGAUCCAUCCGCAUCGGGAAGAAUCUGAGACCCAACAGACUCUGGGGUUACUACCUGUACCCCGACUGCUACAACUACAACUACAAACAGAACAUGGUGGACUUCACCGGCGAGUGUCCCGCCAUCGAGAAGCGCCGGAACGACGAACUGCUCUGGCUCUGGAAGGAGUCCACAGCACUCUUUCCGUCCAUCUAUCUGGAGCUGGUGCUCAGAGACUCCCUUCAGGCCCGGCAGUUCGUGCGGCAUCGCAUGCAGGAAACCAUGAGGGUGUCGACGCUGCCCGACAAAUCCUACUCCAUCCCUGUCUAUCCCUACAUCCGCCCUGUGUACAAGGACAGCACCGACAACUACAUGUCAGAGUUCGAUCUGGUGAACACCAUCGGAGAAGCUGCUGCUCUUGGUGCCGCCGGCGUCAUUUCCUGGGGAGACAUGCAUGUCCCCGAAACUGAGGACACCUGCUUUGACGCUCGACGCCACCUGGAGGAGGUCAUGAACCCGUACAUGCUGAACGUCUCCAUGGCAACGCAACUCUGCAGCGAGGCGAUCUGUCAGGGCCAAGGACGCUGCGUGAGAAAGCGCUGGGACGAAGACGUCUUCCUCCACCUCGACCCCAGGCGUUACCAGAUCCUGCGGGAGCGACGCGGCGGCCCGCUGACCGUGAAGGGCGGCCUCUCCUCAGAUGACAUCAACUGGUUCGACCGCCACUUCGACUGCAUGUGCUACAGCGAGAAGCCGUGCAGAUCGGUGCUGAUAGUCAACGUCGUCCACGACGUCGUGUCCACCAUGAGGAGUCGAGGUGCCGACAGGCCCGAGCCCCUGCUGCUGGCGAUGAUCCUGCUCUGCCUGGAGCGUGUUGUGAUGUAAAGAUGCGAGAUGUGUGGUGGCAGGAAGUCAAAGGACAGUUUCAACGACAUUUCAGCUUCACUUCCUCAGUAACUUCCACCUGUUUGUCCAUUAAAGGUGUUUUUAAUUCAGUUUAGCCAAAUCUCUGUCUCAUUCGCACGACUUUCUCUCAGAAUAUGUGAGCAACUGCGGUGAGGUUUAACAUGUAUUAUUAAUAUUAUUGUUGUGGUUGUUGAUUGUUGUUCUUCGUCUUAUUAUUGUUAUCAUUAAGGUCUAAACAUAAAGUUUUGGCACUGCUGCCCAUAGAUAAAAAUAACAUAAAACAAAAUUUCACUUAACACAUACAAACAUGAUCAGUUCAAAGACCACAUGUGGACUCGUUCCAGAUCUUUCAACAGUUUGGAACAAAGAUUCAUAAUCCUUUUUAAUCUUGAACAGAAUUAUUCCGAUUUUGAAAUGCUUUUUUUCUCUGACACUCCUGAUAAAAUUCAUCUUGAAGGUUUUGUCUUUAAAAGAAUUUAGAUACCACAAGAUCAGGAUUACAGAGUUUACAGACUUUUGGAGUGACGGCUG